CAAAUGCCAAAUACUUGUUUACAAAAAACAAAAAAAAAGUCUCAAAUCCUGAUCGGCAUUUCGUGAAAUCCUCAUAAAAUCACAAUGCUUGCCAGGAAUAUCUUAACCAGCAGUGUUCCUUAUUUCUUCAGCAAACUUGCAAAUGUUCCCGUACCAGCAAUCAGUUCACAAAUCAUCCGCGAGAUCCAAAUGACGUCUGUGGCAAAACACGGAGGAGCCUUCGAAUCCAAAGACCCCCAAUCCGAAGCGGAAGUCGUGAAUGUCAAAUAUAUCGACAAAGAUGGCAAAGAAACACAAGUGCGAGGCAAAAUUGGAGACAAUGUCAUGUAUUUAGCUCAUCGGUAUGGCGUCGAGAUGGAAGGAGCCUGCGAAGCAAGUCUUGCUUGCACCACUUGUCACGUCUAUGUGCAACACGAGUUUCUCGAUACGUUGCAAGAACCGGAGGAGAAGGAAGAAGACUUGCUCGAUAUGGCGCCGUUCCUCAAAGAAAACUCCCGUCUCGGAUGUCAAAUCAUCCUGACGAAAGAAAUGGAUGGCAUGGAACUGAGACUGCCCAAAGCGACGAGAAACUUUUACGUGGAUGGUCACAAACCGAAGCCACAUUGAAGAGACUUUUAAAUCAGGAAUUUAAAUAAAUAUUUAGGAAUCUAGAAUAAAAUUUAUACAAUGAAUUCAAGUGAAAGGGGUUAGUUUUUCUAUUUUGCGUUUCAAUUUUGACCAAUAGCGUUCUUAUGUUGGUUAACAGGGAUCAAAAA